GCUUCACAAAUGAGACAAUGAAAGUGAUAUCUUUUUUAGGAUCCUAAAGUUUGACGGGUUAAAAAGUGUUUUCAGUUUGGUCAAUGCUGUUUUUCUCCUCUCUUCUUUAGUUAAUAUUCCAUCGCUUCGAAUCCUUUUUUGUUCACCCCAGGUGGGCUCGGACAUGAAAUGGCGCGGACGGUGGCAGCUUGGAAUGCCCCUGGGCAUCUUUCGGCCGUCAUGUUGUCAAAAGACCUGGGAGGGGGAGCGAGAGGGCCGGGAGUGUUUUUUUCAAUGCGGCCCAGGGUUGGAAGGCGAGACGGGUUUGAACAUGAAAUACGGUCGAGCUCCACAUUUGUCAGAAAGUCACGAGAAACAGCGGGAGAGCUGUGUGGUCAUAGUUUUCGGUGCCUGGAUUUGCUGCUGGGUGGAGGGAGGGGCUGGAUGUGGCCCCGCAACACCUCUCGAGUGUGUGAAUGAGAGGGAGCGAGGACAGGAAGAGAGCGAGGGCUCCACCACUGAGGUGCUGACAGAGGGGAUCGAGGGGGCUGAGAUUGCACCUGUUCCGGCCCAGCAGCCUCUCAGCAGGGCCUCGCCAGAGUCUCGGCCUUCUCCUGGCAUCUGUGAUGGGGGCCAGGGCCAGUCCCACCUCCAGCGCCUGCUCCACCUCUCCUUUGCUCGUGGACGAGAGAAACGAGGAACGAGGAGAGGCUCCAUCUGCCGAGGGCUCGCCGUGGUCUCUGCGGCCCGCCCGGGGAAGGGGCCUGCUGGGCCUCCGCGACUGUGCCACGGGGGUCUCUCAGUGGUAGACCACAGCGAGGCACAUCACACGUCACAUGCCAGCUGGCCAGGCUCUCUCCUCUGUAAACAGAGACUAAUGACCGCUCAACACACACACAGACACACACGCACACACGGCCCUGGGUAGAAUGGAGGAGGGGGGGGGGGGGACGACGCUGCUGGUGGAAAAUCUUGGUCUGGUUUGGAUGAAGAAAAGCAGCAUCCCGAGGUUACUGCGCAGGAUUUGCUGCAGCAGGAGAGGCUGUUUGAGCCUGGGGAGGGGGGAGCUCACCGUCACAGUGGGACCUCGCUAAAGCUACUCUCUGUCUCCGACUCCAUCAGGCCACCACAUCACAGUCCCCCGGUUUCCUGCAUGCAUGCAACAUCACAGGCCUCCCAUCGCUCCACAAGCCCCCGGGCUGAAGCUGGUCCGCCCACUGAGUCUGUAAAGCUCUCAUAGCGGAUCCCUGUUCCCUGUGAGUUCUGGGGAGGAACGCUGAUCAUGGGCCCCUUCUGCGUUUUAAUCAAAUUCUAAUACAUUUUCCGAGGCCUUUCCUACUUGUGGGCCCUGUGAACUGACAGAGCUUUUCACCCCACUGAUGAGCAUCAGUCAGUGAGCCUCACCUUUACUUCAACUCUACGGAACACGUAGCAUACAACAGACCAGCCUCGAGCUUUGUGUCUCCAGACUGAAGGACGUUUGGUUCGUGCUUCCUGUCCCGUCUCAUGCAGGAUCUCCUUGUCUGUGUCUUCAGAGCUCAGUUUUCUCAAGAAUCCCCCUCUCUCAAUCAAAUUAGAAUUAUUUUUAGCUUCCCCCCAACCAGAUCAUUUCAUAUAUGUCCCGCUAUCUCAUUCGCCCCGAUGUCCCCAACACAUGCAUUUAUAGAUAUAAAUAUAUAUCGAGAUAUAAAUAAAUAUAUCAAAUCGAGGAUGGGAGUAAUGUGACAUUGAGUGUUAUUCCCCAGUUAGGCGGGGAGAGGCAGGGAGGUCACUCGGCUACGCUGAGCCAGUGGCAGCCCAGGCCCCGCUGGUCCACUGGAGUGACUUGGCUUCAUCUACAAACUCGCAAUAAAUAUCUGGCCAUCAUUUAUUUUAAUUCACUCCUUUCUUGCUCAGAUGGAAUGGAUUCUUAACCUUGUAGGACAAGGACACCCGCAUGCUGCCUGCCUUGCCUUAGCUGCUAAAUUAUUCUUCAUUCUUCAGGGGGGAAUGAAAAAAAAAAGAAGGGGAGUCCAGCGUUGCUCAAACUGUCAGCUCCAAUGAAAAGCGCGCCUGAAAACGUUGUCACUGAACCUCCUGGACAAAAAAAAAGAAGAAGGGGAGUGGGCAGUGAACGACAGAGUGAGAGAAGUGGGGGAGCAAGAAAAGGGGGAGAAGGAGGGGUGGGGAGUCAGCAGCCUCCAGAGUGAUUUAUUUGCCAAAUCAGGACACAAUGAGUCGAUUAUGAGUCCUCUAAUAAGAGAGAGUGUUUGGGGACCCACUAAUUGGGCAUGAUUGAGUUGCAGUCUGGGAGCAGGGCGAAAAGGGAACCUGGUCGGCGGCUGUCAUGCAAUCAUCAGCUAAUCAGAGCUUUGAAAUUAAAACUGCGUGUUUAGGGUAGAGGACGGUAUAAUGGCAGGGACCUGCCUCAGCUCUGAGGCUGUCACUGUGUGUGUGUGUGUGUGUGUGGGUGUGUGUGUGUGUGUGUGUGUGUGUUUGGUGCCUCUCAUCUGUUGUCUUUGGUUGUCUUGAAGUGGACAGUGAAGUAGCUGUAAUCAGCCCAACACUUCCUCCAAUGUGCGUGUGUGUGUGUUUGUGACACAACUUAUCAUAUACCAUGAGCUUGGAGCCUGCAUUCAAUGCAAUUUAUUUUGCAUCAAGAAAUUUAGGAUUUGCAGGAAAGACCUUAUUGAUUUUGAUUCAUUCAAACAUUUUCAUUGCUAUUUUAAAAUUUGAGAUUUACAAAGACUAUAAUGAACCUUUAUAUUGCGUAUUUAACAUGGUGCAAGAAAAAAUUCCCAUCAUCGUAAUGAAAUUCUGUAAGACUUUACUCAAUCAUGAGGUGGGGUUUUUUAUUUUUGAUCCUAAAGUUUCAGAGUUUUGUCCCGUAUCUAAAAAUGUUGGGAUCAUAUUCCAGUUUGAACAGUUGUGUUCACAUGUCGUCACUAGGGGGCAGUGUUUGUCCGCAGUGCAUCGCGAGAGAAAACUGACGGGGCUAAUUAACGUCAGGCGCUUUCCUCUGGUUGUGUGGGUUAAGCCGGAUGAAGCGGAAUAUCACGACAACAAUUCAAUAUAAUUAGAGCAUCUGUAUCAGAAAAUGUUAAACAUUCAUUUUAAAGACAAUAACCGUUUCCCCACCACCCAAGUCUUUUUUUUCACACGCUGACCUGCUGUGUCCACUUACUGCAGCAGCAUGCAGAGCAGACCUGUUUUUAUUCUAAAGAGCCAUAAAUGUUUGCAUUAGUAUUCAUUUUUUUUUUUUUCGCGUGACGAUACUUUCAUGGAAAUAAUCAAUAGUGGUGACCUGUGAGAUUAAAAAUGUCAACAAAACGAAAAAUAAGAAAUCAAGGUUUUGGUCACUGUAUUACAAAACUACAUAAAAACAACAGAUGGUACAAUUUUAUCUAUUAACUUCUUUUUUCUACCAAUCAUUCUCAUUUAUGAUGAACACAUUCACUAUAAAAUGUGGUCUCUCAACCAAAAAUAACCAUAAUAUUUCUAGAAAUAUAGUUUGAGCCUCAUUGGUUCUCUGUAGUGAGUUCAUAGU